AUGUCUCCUUCGGUGAUACCGCCGCGUACCAGAGCCAGCGAGCGAUAUCAGAGACCAAAUGUCUUCGUCUACGGCGUCGGCGCGGCAUAUCCGCCACAUUCAAUCAAGCCAGAAGAGCUCGAUGUGCUUGCCCGAAGAUUCUAUCCAUCCACUCCAGCCCUCGAGAAGGUGCUCACCAUCAAUGCAUAUACUGGCAUCGACACCCGUGCCUCAAUCGGCACUAUCGAUCAUCCGGUCGUCAAUGACCCACUCCCGCCUUCCAUCACCGAGCUCAAUGACCUGUUCAUGACCCAUGGCGUCUCGUUGUCGGUAUCUGCUGCUCGCAAAGCGCUCGCUCAAUCCAACACUCCUUACUCCGAUAUCACCCACGUUGUUUCCACAACAUGUACGAAUUCUGCGAAUCCGGGUUUUGAUCACUAUGUUAUCAAGAAAUUAGGUUUGCGACAGAAUGUGCAAAAAGUACUACUGCACGGCAUUGGGUGCUCCGGCGGCAUGGCCGCACUGAGAACCGCAGCUGGAUUGAUCAUGGGUGAGAGCUUCCGGGGCAGGAAGGCUAGAGUCCUGGUUCUUGCGGCAGAGAUCAGUACAACUCUGGUAAGAAGUGAGCUGGAGAGCAUUGUAAAGAACGACGAGGUCAGGAUAGGUAUAUGCUUGUUCAGUGACUGUGCGAGUGCCCUGGUGGUUGGAAAUGAGAUGGAGGGAGACGAAGACUUUCCUGAAAGCGCAGAGAAUGCACAGGAGCUCCCAAAUGGACUUCAUAAUGGAUUCGAUCAAGACGAUGACUCCCUGCAGGAGCGCAUUCAGGAGUCCCGGCGGCAGAAUGGUGAGAACGAGCCAAUCUUGGAACUGCUAGGCUGGGAACACGAGAUCAUUGAGGACACGGAGAAGGACCUGGGCUUCGAUGUUGAUCCGCUUGGAUGGAAAGUGGUCCUGACGCCCCGAGUGCCCAAACUGACCGCUGGCAUCCUGCCACCACUCUUCAGCAAACUCGUCACAUCGAUUCCAGAGCUCAAAGCUACCAUUGCAGAGGCUGCUCAUUCUAUACCACCAACUUCAUUCUCCUGGGCAUUGCACCCUGGCGGCGCAACGAUUCUAUCUGGCGUUGAACGUGUCAUGGGCUUGAACCCGGAGGAACACCUUCGAGAAAGCUACGAAAUCUACGUCAGUAGGGGCAAUAGCAGCAGCGCAACAUGGGCAAGCGUGGUGGCGCGCAUGAUGAACGUGAAUACACAAGAAGGUGACGAGAAGAAGCGGUAUGUUCUUGGCUGUGGGUUUGGACCCGGGAUUUCUGUUGAGAUGGCCGUGCUGAAACGGCUGGAUCUGGAUGGUGAGGGCGUGACUGGAAGGGUGAAAGCUCGAAAAACAAAUGAAGCGAAUGGAGAUGGCCUCAUGAACGGGCUCCAGGCAUUAGACAUCAGUGAUCGCGGGAGCAGUACGAGCCGCAGCAGCGAUGCUGGUGGUGACAGUACUGGUGGGAGUGGCACUGGCAGCGGAAACGGCAGUGGGAGUCUCAGUCCCAACUUGAGCACCGUUGCGUUGCCACUUGCCGAGGAUGUUGAUUGA